AUGGCCAUCACUAAAGUUUUUGCUAGAUACGUUUACGACUCCAGAGGAAACCCAACCGUCGAAGUCGACUUACACACCGAAAAGGGUUUAUUCAGAUCAAUUGUUCCAUCUGGUGCUUCCACUGGUAUUCACGAAGCUUUGGAAUUGAGAGAUGGUGAUAAGUCCAAGUGGUUAGGUAAGGGUGUCUUAAAGGCUGUUGCCAACGUUAACGACAUCAUUGCUCCAGCUGUUGUUAAGGCUAACUUAGAUGUCACUAACCAAGCUAAGGUUGAUGAAUUCUUGUUGUCUCUUGACGGUACCCCAAACAAGUCCAAGUUGGGUGCUAACGCUAUUUUGGGUGUUUCUUUAGCUGCUGCCAAGGCUGGUGCCGCUGAAGUUGGUGUCCCAUUAUACAAGCACUUGGCUAAGUUGGCUAAUGCUAAGGACGACGGUAAGUUCGUUUUACCAGUUCCAUUCCAAAACGUCUUGAACGGUGGUUCCCACGCUGGUGGUGCUUUAGCCUUCCAAGAAUUCAUGAUUGUUCCAACUGGUGCUGAAACUUUCUCUGAAGGUUUAAGAAUUGGUUCUGAAGUUUACCACAACUUGAAGACUUUAACCAAGAAGAAGUACGGUCAAUCCGCCGGUAACGUCGGUGACGAAGGUGGUGUUGCUCCAGAUAUCGGAUCUCCAAAGGAAGCCUUGGACUUGAUUACUGAUGCCAUUGAAAAGGCUGGUUACACUGGUAGAGUUGGUAUUGCUCUUGAUGUUGCCUCUUCUGAAUUCUUCAAGGACGGUAAGUACGACUUGGACUUCAAGAACCCAGAAUCUGACGAAUCUAAAUGGUUAUCUGGUGAACAAUUGGCUGCUUUAUACGAAGAAUUGAUUGCUGCCUACCCAAUUGUUUCUAUUGAAGAUCCAUUUGCCGAAGAUGACUGGGAUGCUUGGGUUCACUUCUACUCCAAGGUUGGUUCCAAGAUUCAAAUCGUCGGUGAUGAUUUAACUGUCACUAACCCAAUCAGAAUCAAGACUGCCAUUGAAAAGAAGGCUGCCAACAACUUGUUGUUGAAGGUUAACCAAAUUGGUACUUUAACCGAAUCCAUCCAAGCUGCUAACGAUUCUUAUGCUGCUGGUUGGGGUGUUAUGGUUUCCCACAGAUCUGGUGAAACUGAAGACACCUUCAUUGCUGACUUGUCUGUCGGUUUAAGAACUGGUCAAAUCAAGACUGGUGCUCCAGCCAGAUCUGAAAGAUUGGCCAAGUUGAACCAAAUCUUGAGAAUUGAAGAAGAAUUAGGUGACAAGGCUAUCUACGCUGGUAAGGACUUCCACACUGCUCAAACUUUGUAA